AUGGUAGCUGCAUAUGAAACAGCGAAAAGUGGAAUAGGUGUGGCGGUGAUGAGGCUAGAACUGGUGAUGAAGUUUAUUGUGUCAGUGGUCAUGGCAGGAGUGUUGGGUAUUUAUAGUUUGAUUAUUGCUGUUAUUAUUUGUACUAGGAUUAACCCUAAGGCUAAAUCUUAUUACCUCUUUGAUGGCUAUGCCCAUCUUUCUUAUGGCCUCGCUGGUGUCUCUACGGGUAUGGCGAUCAGAAUCGUUGGUGAUGCUGGUGUUAGGCUUUAUGGGAAAAUUGUUAAUCUUUUUAGAGGUUUAACCAAAGACAUGAGUGGGUGA